AUGACUGAGGCGCUUAAUAGUAAUCCGAUAACUGCUUUUCCUGCUUCUGUUGUUGUUGAUGCAAAUGUUGAUAUUAGUACUCCAGUAUAUGCAGCAACAGCGUUGAAGCAGGAUGUCUCUGCACUUUGUAACGACAAUAAAUCACUGCCAGUAGCAAAGAAAGAAGACGAAAAUGGUGGGGCUUUUACUUUUAUUAUUGAAGUAGAGAAAAUGCAUGAGUCGUUUGGAGGAAGAAAUAUUAAGUGGAAGGCGAGUGGAAGGGAAAGUGAUACAGGAAUAGUGUCUACUGUAAUGGAAAACCUAGAAGAUACUGCGGCAACGAAUUUGAAUGAAGAAAUUGAUGAUGAUCAGUUAAUGAAAAAAAUAUUGAUGGAGGAUUAUUAUAAAUCAUUACCGAUUGAUUGGGAUGGCGCUCCGGAAUUCCAAUGGAGACUGUGCAAAGAUGAGUCAGACAAAUGCUUGGUGAUUUUUGAGAACGUUUUGUCAUCAGAUACACAAAAUCCUUGGUUUUACACAACAUUAUUGCACUGUAAGAAAGUUGUUAAGGUAUUUCCGUUGUCAGCUGGAAAGAUCGAAGCAGAUUUCAAUCACUUAUAUGGACGAAUUGAAGCUUAUUUUCAAAGUGACCAUCCUAUUGCUUAUUGUGCCGUAAACAAUCUUGUUCAUAUACGAACUGGUGCUCAUCGACUGAAAAUUUAUUUGCCUCAAACAAAAUGGGUGAAAAAAUAUCAAGAAAUAUUAGAAAGUCGCUUGGGUCGAAUAAGGGAACCAAUAGAGAGUAUGCGUUAUUUGAUUAUUAAACCUGUGGGCAAUCAAGUUACAGAAAAGGAAAUUCGUGAGACUUGUUUCAAAAAUUAUCCCAUCGAAAGUGUACGUUUUGAAAAGGAUUUUCGUGGAGUGAGAAUGGCUAUCUUGCUUUUUCCCAGUACUCGAGAAGCUGUAGCUGCUCAUUUUAAUAAUGAUUUCGUCAGUUUUGGCUCUUCGACUUCGUCAGAAAAUUAUGUCAAAGUAUACUUUCCCACUGUGGAUUUCCAUGGAUGGGAUCGCAUUAUUGUACCAACUCCGGAAACCGAUAUGUACUGCCUGUUAACAUACAAGGAAUUUCUCGCUACUAUUCAGACAAGAAAAAGUGAAUAUGAAAGAGGGGCAGGAAUACUGCAAAAUGUAGAGACGAAUCAGAUUGAAAGUUCUGCUACGGAAAUUGUUUCAGUCGAAAAAAAGCUAUUGGGAAGGAACCAUUCAGUGAAGGCAAAAAACAGUAAAAGUCAGAGCUGUCAUCAUCGUGGUCAAAAUUGCUGUGAAGGUAUUAAACCAGCAGAAAAAAAUAUUGAAGUAAAAAAUUCCUUCUUAAAACCGUCAGGUCCGCAAAGAAAUUCUAUUCCUGUUGUUUCGAGACGAAUAACUGAAGAUGAUGAAAGCGGACCAUCUCGAAAGCGGAAAAGGACAGGACGUUUUGGAAGACAGACAUUCACUCAUUCAAAUAAUUUUCGAUCUGUUCCAAUGUAUCCAGCACCACCAGUACUGCGUUUUGGAGGGGGAUAUAGAAAACAGUUUUGGAGGCGUCCACAUCAUUCAAAUCCACUUUCCUUUAUUCCACCUGUACUUCAUUCUUAUGAUCAUGUAGAUGUAAGGCGUAGGAAACCACGGAGUAAUGGGCCUGUAGUAGGUGAUCUUACUCCUCCACAGCUGUAUCCGGUUUCAUUGACCGGAAUUUUAGAACGUAGACCAGGCAUGAACGUGCAUGAUCAGCUCUUCCAUCAAAACAAGGCUUUUAAUAAUCUGGCAAAUAACCUAAUGCAAAAAACUGCUGAUUACAUGAGACGUUUAGAAACUGGCUCCUAUGCAGCACAAAUGCUAUCAUCGAAUGCAGCAUUCCUUGCAUCAUAUAACACAAUUAGGAUGCCAGUUUGGGCAGCGCCUUCGACGUAA